CAUUAAAUCUUUAUGAAUUUGCUGACAAAUAAGUACAUGGUACUCUGCAUUUAUCCCUUGUUAUGGAAAUUAGAGUUAUUAGUUUGGUAAGGUAAUACCAUGUGUAUAUAAAUAUAUAUACUUGAGUGUUAGUUUUAGGAGUUUAUCAAAUUAUUAUUAUAAGAUAACGAAAGUUCUAUAGUUUUUAAAAAUACAAUGCAAUCCUCUAAUUGUGUUGAAGGGUCAUCAUCAAGUUUGAGAAAAGGUGCAUGGAGUCAACAUGAAGAUGAACUUCUCAAAGAUUGUGUUCAACGUUAUGGAGAAGGAAAAUGGCACUUAGUUCCUCAAAGAGCAGGGUUGAAGAGAUGUAGAAAGAGUUGUAGAUUGAGAUGGUUGAAUUAUUUGAAACCAAAUAUUAAGAAGGGAGAUUUUAGUGAAGAUGAAGUUGAUUUGAUGAUCAAAUUGCAUAAUCUUUUGGGAAACAGAUGGUCCUUGAUUGCUGGAAGACUUCCUGGAAGAACUUCAAACAAUGUAAAAAAUUAUUGGAACACAUACAUGCGAAGCAAAGAACAUUCUUCAAAGAAAGACAAGAACAAACCAAAGGAAGAGAUAGAAAAAGUAGAAAAAUCUCAUCAUGAAGUGAUUAAACCUCAACCAAGAACUUUCACAAAACCAUUGUUGGAAGUGAAUAAGUUCCAUGGCUCAAAUGAUAAUUCUUCCAAAGUUACUAUGAAUGAGUUAUGUGAAGGUGAAAGUUCAUCAAGAACAAGUAAUUGGUGGGAAGCUUUUUUAUUAGAUGACAAUGAAGAUAAUAAUCACUUAUUGCAAACGGGCUUUUGGGAUGAGCAACAGCUUAACAUGACAACUAAUUCUUUUGACUUUUUUAGUGAAGGUCAAACUUGGAGUGAUUUUCUUGCUCAAUUUUGAGCAUGCAAAAUUUAUUUGUAUGUGUUGUCUGUGUUAUUCUUAUUAUUAUGAAUUAGUUUGUAUGUAUUUUACAUAAGAUUAAUGUAUUUUUUAAAUUUAUUGUAAGUUUAAUUAACAUAGAUACAUAUUAUUCAA